CAUAAUUCAAACCAUUCGUAAAUCAACCACAAUUGCGGGAAUUCCACUUCCACUGACAUGUAAGCGGCCCUUAAGCUCUCGAUCUCCACGAAGCUUCACAAAGACGACCUCGUCGAGCGAGAGACGGACAAGGUCCAAGGGCUCCGAAAAAGGAGCUGCGCCCCCGACAUCUGCGUCAGCCAUGGUGACAGCAGGUAAACUCGAGAUGGGGGGGAAUCGAUAAAGGCGCGCAGACAGUCAGCUUCAACAGAGCAAGCAAAUGUUUUCGCGUAUAUUGGGUUACGGUGGAAAGCCAGCUGCGGCCCAAAGCGGUUUAGCGCGACCAGCAGCUUGGCGAAGUUCCAAACCGAAGAAAAAAAAGCUCCAGGAAACAUCACGAUUCACGAACAGCUUGCACGCAUCACAUUGCCAGCCGCGAUUGACCCGCCCGAUUCGGCCCAUACUAGGAUACCGUGGAGCAUUGAUGCGAGGAAUUGGUUUUCGAAGCGAGGCAGUGAGCUCUCGCUUUGUCUGCCCGUCAUGCUGCACGCGGCUUAUCGGUGAUGGCUACCUCCGCCGGUCUUCCAUGCGCCCCGGAAACCGCACCCGCAAUAUCGGCCAACAAUCAAAGAAACUCUCGACAGAAGCGUACACUCCGUGGUCAUUCAAGCAGAUGAAGACAGCAUGGAAUUCGUCAAAACCAAAAGAUCCGGAAAUGCCAGAGUCUCCUUUCCUCAUGCAGGCUUUGUCGUUCAAUCUCAACACUCACAGACCGACCGAAGCUGAUUUCAAGAAUCAGCACGGCAUCCCGUACAGAACUUUCACUUCAGAAUUAAUGGAUACAUACUAUUCAACGGAUGAUAAAAUCAUUGAUUAUUUUGACAAGGAGAAGCCAGAUAUGGUUGUGUAUGCUUUUUUGGGCCCCGAGCAAAUCCAAUCCAUCACGUAUAAUUUACCCGAUUCGUCCUUUGCUGCAGCUCUCUCCCUCCUUGCUCCGUCACAUUUUGUCGAGCCCCAUAAAAAAUUACACAGGAGAUUUCACCCUGCCGUGGCGCAUGCCAAGGGUUAUAAAACCCUCGAGGUAAUCUUUGACGAAUUCAAACGGGUGCUUCAUUUCGCUAUAGAGAAGCGUCGUGCGGCUGGAUUUAAAUUGGGAAUUGUCGAAUAUACUCAUCUUUUAGAUUGUGCCCGGUCAAUGGGAGAUGCGGAUAUGGCGGAUUGGCUGUGGUAUGAUAUGACCGUGGACGGGAUCGAGCCAACUACCGCCUGCUAUAACCACUACAUGGAGGCAAAAGGAUGGCACCAGGCGUACAUACCGAAGGAGAAACUUAACCUACGAUUCACGCCUUGGGUUUAUAGGAAGCGGAGUUAUGACCACAGGAAUCUGGGUUAUCAAGGAUACGGUACUGGCAGCGAGAACAGUGUUCGGCAGCAAGUACUUCGGCUGUUUGACGAGAUGCUUGCAAGAGGCCAAGAACCCGAUGAAGCCACUUAUGUCAAUGUUAUGGUUGCUUCUAGCAGAGAGGGUCACAUGGUCGCCGUGGAAAAUGUUCUGAAAACCGUGUGGAAUAUCGACGUCGAGUUGAUAAUGACUCGUGAGGAUCCAGCCAACAUACCUCCUGUUACCGAAUUCAGGCGCACAAACCCGCUACAUCCAACAACUCGACUCUUGUAUGCUGUUGCACAUAUAUUUGGUUCGAACAACAACCUCUCCGCAGCACUACAGCUUGUCGAUUUUAUUUCUACCCAAUACCAAGUUCCGAUUCCAGACUUUGUCUGGCUGGAACUAAUGGAAUGGUCCUAUGUCCUCUCCGUCAGAAGAUGGGGCCCCAGAGCUAUAGAAAACAGUGUGGGAAAAGUUCCCCCGCAAACUGUGAAAAGACUGUUCGAUACCAUGAUCUCGAGUCCAUAUAACGUGAAGCCGACGCUACCAGUCUACGAUAUGCUCAUUUCUACAUCCUGGUCGCGAUAUGAUCUUGACGAUACUUUAAAAUAUAUGCGUGAAGGAUACAAAUUGUUUCAGGAAACUUUAAGGAGGCGAAAUACGACGAAGCGCAAGUUUGUUGGCCAUAUUUUGAGCCUUCUACCGGCAAAUAUUCGAACGGAGGUCAUGCUGAAGGAUAGCUACCAGCGGCUACUAACCAGCCUCCAGAAAUCCCGCGUAGGUAUGCCAACAGGACCACCCCUUGACCCAGCCGCUAGAGCUCUAGCUACACUAAAGGCCAAAAGAGCCCAAAGCGAAGCGGACAUGGCUAGACGGCGCAUUGCACUCUUGCGUGCAGACAAGAAGGCCCAAGAGACGGGGAUCCCUCCUCCAUAUCUUAACCGGGGUUGGGCACGGAAGCAUAUGAAACGGAUCGCCCAACUUGAAGCAGAAGAGGAAGUGGAACGGGACGAAGAAGCGGAACGGGACGAAGAAGUAGAACGGGACCAAUUCAACAAACACGGCCAAUUCGGCCCUUCGGCCCUCAAUCUGUCCAUGAUAAAGAAAUAUAGAGCCAUGAAGGCAGCCUUCAACUUGGAGCAAUUGAACGCUAGUCGCGACGCGACAAUGAUCGAACGAUGGGUCCGACUGCUGAUAUCCCGACGAUGGGUUCCGGACGCCGACUACUGGGAACGUCAACGCCUACCAAGCCUUCUACAAGAGUGGGAGCCAUUUCUGCCGGAGAAUGUAUACUAUAAGAUUAGAAAUGGUGUUGUAGAGUUCCUGCCUAUCAGCUUCUGGCCCCACGGCAAACGCGAGCGACCGGAGAAAGGGGUCACUGAUUUGGAAAUAGGCCUUUACGACUCGGAAAAGAGCGUAUUGCUAACAGAUGUAUUUGAAGUCAUUGGUGAACAUCCCGAUGCGCGCCUGGCGGAUUCUCAUGAUGAGGAAGGAGGUUUAUGA